CCCCGCCCCCAUUUGGUGGGGGCCGGCCUCAGCCUCAACCUCCUUUUCCCCACAUGCCUGGGGAGCCAAGGGUCAACAUGGCUCUUCCCCUCGACAUCAGCUGAGACUGGAAGACUGAUCCCUCCGAGGCCAUGGAGGGGGACAGCUGCCGAAAUGCAUCCCCUGCACGGACACCUCCAGCACAGGCCUCACCGGCAAGGACAUCUCCAGCCCAGGCCUCCCCUGCAGAGACACCUCCAGCGCAGAACUCAGCAGCAAGGACACUUCCAGCCCAGGACUCACCAGCACGGACACCUCCAGCCCGGGCUUCCUCUACCCAGAAAUCCCCCUCCCGGUCAUCAUCUAACAGGUCUUCAUCUGCCAAGUCAGCCUCCAUGGCAUCCUCCCCAACAAAAGCAUAUCUUGUCAGAGCAAAACCAGUUGCUGUCCCGAUCCGGGCAUCUCCUGCCAGGUCAGCAGCAGCCACCAGGACCAGCAGGCAGAGCCUAGGUCUCGGCUUGCCCAAGUUCUCCUGGCAGGAGAGCAAGAAGCAACUGCCGCUCAUUGGGUGUGUCCUCCUCCUCAUCGCCCUCGUGAUCUCACUCAUCAUUCUCUAUGGGGGACGAGAGCCCCAGAGUCCAAGAGGGAUUGCAGUCUACUUCUGGCAAGGCCACACAGGGAUCAAGUAUAAGGAGGCAGCUGAGAGCUGCCCCAUGCACGCCGUUCGCUGUGAUGGGGUGACAGACUGCAAGCUGCGGAGUGACGAACUUGGCUGUGUGAGGUUUGACUGGGACAGAUCUCUGCUUAAAGUCUACUCUGGGUCCUCUCAUGAGUGGCUGCCCAUCUGCAGUAGCAGCUGGAAUGACUCUGACUCCCAGAAGACCUGCCAGCAGCUGGGGUUUUCGAGUGCUUACCGGACAACUGAGGUGGCGCACAGGGAUUUUGCCAGCAGCUUUUCAAUCUCUGAAUACAACUCCACCCUCCAGGAAAGCCUCUAUAGGUCUGAAUGCCCUUCCCAGCGGUACAUCUCUCUGCAGUGCUCCCACUGUGGACUGAGAGCCAUGACUGGGAGGAUCGUGGGAGGAGUGCUGGCCUCAGGGAGCAAGUGGCCCUGGCAAGUGAGUCUGCACUACGGCACCACCCACAUCUGCGGGGGCACACUCAUCGACCCCCAGUGGGUGCUCACCGCUGCCCAUUGUUUCUUUGUGACCCGGGAGAAGAUGCUGGAGGGCUGGAAGGUGUAUGCAGGCACCAACAACCUGCACCAGCUGCCUGAGGCAGCCUCCAUUGCCCAGAUCAUUAUCAACAGCAACUACACCGAUGAACAGGAUGACUAUGACAUCGCCCUCAUGAGGCUCUCCAAGCCCCUGCACCUAUCUCAGCAUAUCCACCCUGUCUGCCUCCCCAUGAACGGACAGACCUUUAGCAUCAACGAGACCUGUUGGAUCACAGGCUUUGGCAAGACCAAGGAAACAGAUGAGAAGACAUCACCCUUCCUCCGGGAGGUGCAGGUCAACCUCAUUGACUUCCACAAAUGUAAUGACUACUUGGUCUAUGACAACUACCUCACUCCCAGGAUGAUGUGUGCUGGGGACCUUCGAGGAGGCAGAGACUCCUGCCAGGGAGACAGCGGGGGGCCUCUUGUCUGUGAGCAGAACAACCGCUGGUACCUGGCGGGCGUCACCAGCUGGGGCACAGGCUGUGGCCAGAGAAACAAACCUGGUGUGUACACCAAAGUGUCAGAAGUCCUUCCCUGGAUCUACAGCAAGAUGGAGAGUGAAGUGCGCUUCCGGAAAUCCUAACCAGCUCUCGCUCACAGCACUGACUGCUACGAAGACUCUGGCUGAAGGCCCUGGGCCAUUUGCAACAUCGGGGCUUACAGUCACCAGGCACCUUCAUCACUGCCACCUCCAUUAUCUGCUGCUUCCGCGUGUGUGUGUGUGUGUGUGUGUGUGUGUGUGUGUGUGUGUAAGAGAGAGAGAGAAAGAGAGAGACUGUUCUCUGAAGUUCUUCAGAAACUAAGAGAGCUCACAACUAUUGUCAGAGCCCCAGGCUGGAAAUCUUCCGGAGAUAAGAGCUUGGGCACCAUGGAUGUUCCUACAGGGGAGUCCAUAGAUGAAUGAAGGAGGUGAAGCCAAAGCAGAGCCCAGAGAAGGGUCUGGCGGGUGACAUCAGGAGUUUCUGCUCCUCUGACCCUGACUUGGAGACUAGGCCAGAGCGAGCUUGGGUGACACCAUUGCUGUCCUGAGACAGAAAAUGGGUCUUGUCAGAGCUGGCGCUUCCCAGUGCCUGAUGUCCCCAGUGGGAAGGCAUCCCAUUGGCGUCUGUGCCCUCACUCAGACCUCCUGCAGAUGCCGUGGGUGCCACGCGUGUCCUGGGCUGGGUUGUGCUGCCUGUCUGUCUGCACUGAUGACUGUGACUAGGGCUCAGUGUACUUGUUUGGUCACAAGCUGUUGGGGCAGAUUUUAUUUCAUUUUAUUUUUAUAUUUAAGAAAUAUAUAUAUAUAUAUACUGUAGAUGUAUUUAAAAUAAUAUCUCCAAAAAUUUCAGGGCCCUUGAGAGUUAGCAUUAAUCCCACCCCUCCCAAGAACUCUGAGGGAUUCAUGGGAGCAUCCUACAAAAUAUUCCAGGAGAAGGACCUGGAAAAUGUCCGCAGGGUGGACUUUUCCGAGUCAGAGAUACUCAGGAAAGCAGAUCUUCAUCUGGGCCUACAGGCAAAUCCAACACAGAGUUGCAAACUGUUCUUGCGUCCAAGAGCUACAAGGAGGACAGGAAGAAAGGAGAAGUCCAGGGGACACCGCCCCUUAUACCUAGGGGCUGUUGUGGGAGUGUAAGGGUUGUUCCCGACUUUCUCGGUCUUUUAGUUUCUCCGUUCCAGAAACAUUGCACAGCCACAAAAUGGACCGUGGUGGAGAAGCAAACACUGCAGGCCCACCAAACAGUCGUUGUGGAGGA